UAGCGCAUGCGUCUUUCAUUAAGAUGCGUUGUGGCCGCAAUGGUGGCCUGUCGAUCGCGGGGUUUCUUGUAGCCGGCGAGUGAGGUAGCCAGCGGCUGCUCUUCAGCAUGUCGGGCACGGAGAGUUUUUCGAUCUGAAGCCGUUAGUUGUCGUAUCUGUUUUGAAGCUGGAUUAAAAGGGGAAUAGUGUUCUUCCCCUUUCCCAGGCCCCCUCCCUCUUCCCCCUCUUAGUGGGCCUUGUUCUCAUCUUCUCCCACUGCCCACCAGUUCGGCUGCUUUCUGGGGAACCCGAGCGUGUUCCGUCCUUUCCCUUUCCUCUCACCCCUAUUUCCACUCACCCCCACCAUCCCCCUCCCCCUCCCGGUUUAAGAUCAGCAGGAUGUCUGAGGACGGCGUAGACAGGGUGAUUAAGGAAUCCUCUAUAUUAGAUGAGUACGCAAUUAACUGGACUCAGAAGCUGGGAGCUGGGAUCAGCGGCCCUGUACGUGUAUGCAUGAAAAAGUCAACAGGAGAACGAUUUGCACUAAAGAUUCUCCUUGAUCGUCCAAAAGCAAGAAAUGAGGUUCGACACCACCUGAUGUGUGUAGGCCACAACAAUAUUGUUCAGAUUAUUGAGGUUUACGCUAACAGCGUUCAGUUCCCCCAUGAGUCCAGUCCAAGGCCUCGGCUGCUAAUUGUGAUGGAAAUGAUGGAAGGUGGGGAGCUAUUUCACAGAAUCAGCCAACACAAGCACUUUACAGAGAAAAUGGCAAGCCAAGUUACUAAGCAGAUUGCUCUGGCUAUACAGCACUGUCACUCCCUGAAUAUUGCCCACAGAGACCUCAAACCCGAAAACCUCCUCUUCAAGGACAACUCUCUGGAUGCACCGGUUAAACUGUGUGACUUUGGGUUUGCCAAAAUCGAUCACGGGGAUCUGAUGACUCCACAGUUCACUCCAUAUUAUGUAGCACCUCAGGUACUGGAAGCCCAGAGGAGACACCAGAAAGAGAAGUCUGGAAUCAUACCUACCUCACCCACUCCCUAUACAUACAACAAGGUAACAACUUUUACAACUUUGAUAUGGAAUAUAAUCUAG